ACUUGUUGGGUUCUCAGCAACAAACGUUUGCUCAAUGCAUCUCAGAAAUUUCCAAUUUUCUUAUUUAUGUCAUCGUCCGUUCUUUUGGAAAAGGAAACGAAGGAUAUAUAAGAAUUAUCAGUUGUUGGUUACCUAGCAAAAAGAGCAAAAAAAUAGCGCCAAGUCGCUGAUAUUUGCAAAAGAAAAGGAAAAUUGUGUUCCAUCAGAUCGCUCCGAUUGGUAACGUUCAUUGAUAAAGCGACACAAUAAUAUAGUGUUCAUUCACUGAUAUCUUUCGUCAUGCCGAAAGGUGGGCGAAAGAGUGCACAGAAGAAAGCAAAACGAGUUGAAGAAGGAAUAAAUGAAAGUCUUGAAAAUCAAAGUGUUGCUUCAAGUCAGGGUUCAUUUGAAACACAAAGCAACCCAACAGAUGACAUAGAAAGCACUGAUGAAUUAGGAACGGAGGGAGAAGAGAUAGAAACAAACUUUGAACAAGUGUUAGAAGACAACAUUGAAGGAGCUACAGAAAAAAAUGCAAAAUUACGCCAAACAUCAAUGAAAGCUAUCAGUGGAACCUUUGCCAAACACCUAAUUGCUGAUCUUGUUUUUGAAAGGAAGGAUACAAUUCUUGACAUUAUAGAAAGAUCUUUGAAAAGAGGUCAGACAGAGGAUCAAGUGUGUGCUGGUCCAUUGUCAGUUCUGUUAUGUGUUCAGUUGGGAGUUGGCCCGGAUAGUGAACAUAUUUUUAAAAUACUAAAGCCUCUUUUAUUGGCCACAUUACAAGAUCCCACAGCAAGAGUCCCAGCUAGAGCUAGUUGUGCCAGUGCGUUGGCCUUGUGUUGCUUUCUUGCUUCAGAUGAACAUGAGGAUCUUGUCCAAUGUGUCAGAGCUCUUCAGAACGUGUUUUCAUCCUCUCAUACUGCUGCUAUGUCCGACUUGUUUUGCGAAUGUCUCUUUUCCUGGGCACUUUUAUUGUCUAUUGCUCCGGAUAGUUUAGUCGAAGAAUGUGUAGAGAAACAGUGUCGCAAAAUUAUUAAGUUAAUGCAACACGACGACGUCAAUUUAAGGAUAGCAGCCGGCGAGGUGUUCGCCCUUGUCUGUGAGCUGGGACGAGAGAAAAUUGAGGACUUUGAACCGCGGCAGUUUGGUGUUUUGGACAUUCUUAAAGAUCUUGCUACGGAUGGCACAAAACACCGAGCAAAGAAAGAUCGACGGCAACAAAGAUCAAGUUUUAGAGAUAUAUUAAGAGCCAUCGAGGACGGAACAGUUCCAGAGGAAACAGUAAAAUUUGGUCAGGAAACAAUGUACCUUUGUACAUGGACACAAAGAAGACAGUAUGCGUCAUUUAAAGAACUUCUUGGGCCUGGAAUAAAUUUGCAUUUGAAGGAGAAUCCAUUAUUACGGGAUAUCUUCGAAUUAGGUCAACCUGUUAAAUUGGAUACCAAUGGAAAGGCGUCGAAGAAUCGGAGGAAAUUGUAUAACAAUGCAGCAUCAAAAGCAAGAACGAUUUCCCGUGGCAAACAUCGUGAUAAGAGAAGUUUUGUUCAUUAAGUUUUAGUAUUUAAUUAAUUAUAUUUGUAGGAAAUAUUUAGGUACUUUUUUUAGUUUAGUGAAACCUGAAAGAGAUGUAUAAAAAACGCAAUCUUCUCCUUGAAGCUUGUAAUUUUCGAAAGAUUUUUCCGGUCCAACUUUUAACUUGCAUAUUGCAUAAUGCAUAUUAUAUAGGCUAUACCUGAUUGUGUACAAUUAAAAUGUCCCAAUGGGGACACGGCACCCUAUGAUUUGUAUAUCCUACUUUAUCAUCAUUUAUACAGGGUGAGUAAAAAAAAACCUGAUUAGUUCAAAACAAGUUCAAUUGGUUUAAACACUUUUGCAUUAAUUAACCACGUCCUGUUUGUUGUUCGCGGCUAAUUUGACUUUCAAAGGUGUCAGGGUUUUUUUACUCACCCUGUAUACUGAGUUUUAGUUUUUGUUUCUUCCACCAUGGCGAAAUUUUUAAGAUGGAAAAGAAUGUUAUGCCUCUUCUGAAAUCAGUAUAAAAACUUUUCAUACUUCAUAUAUGACAAGAUGAACUAUAUAUUAAUAGACUUGAACUGGCCUUUCUCGAGAUGAUAUUUCCUCAACAGUUAUGAAACAAUUCUAACAAUGUGAAAACCCAUUUUUCAUUAUCAAAAAAUAAUUACUUGGACUAACCCUAAACACUAUAAAUACCUAUAGUCGCAGAGUGAAGGCUCUACCGGCAAACGUGAAAAAGUACCCUGCCAUGCAUCGUACGAUAGGCCAAUUUCAGUUGAACUUCCACCUAUAAAAGCAAAUCCCACGCUCAAAAUGUUCAUUUACAUGUCUUGCGCUAUACAGCGAUCAAAUGGAAACUGUAGGAUUUUGUAAAAGAUACUGAUGCACGAAAUUUGUGAAUAUCCGUAAAAAAUGAGCAUUUAGAGUGCAUGCAUAAGAUGGUUGCGUUUUUUAAACAUCCUGGUCUGUGUACACGAUCCAAUUUUGUCGGAUCAAUAACAAACUAUAUUCCAUACGUCAGAAGUGAAUUGUUCCGACAAAAUUGGAACGUGUGAACGGCCCUUUAUUACUUGACACGACGUUAAAUGGCGCAGAAAAAAUGUGAUACUACCUCGAACGUUGCACUGUCGUGUAUAUUUCGGACUUGUAUGUAUGUAUAUCUCACUCAUUUCAAUUGAAAAUUUUCUCCAGUUUCCACUUGUUCUUCGAUGUGACUGGGUCUUGGUUUAAGGCACAACUUAAUUGUGUGGCCAGCAUCGAUAAGUGGGGGCGACAUAUUUAUAUUCAUGUUUAGUGACC